CUUCGGCGACUCGGCUGGAGCAAUCUGGACGCAGGAGAGCGAAGCUCCUCUGCACUUGACCCCAGGUGCGCCCCUCAGCGUCCCCGGCUCGCGGGGCGCGCGGGAUGGAGCGGGUUUGGGAGGCUGCGCCCGGAGGCCAAGCCGGGGCGGAGCUCCCAAUGGAGCCCGUGGGAAGCCUGGUCCCCGGGCUGGAGCAGCCCCAGGUCCCCGAGAAGGCGCGACAACCUGAAGGUCCCGAAAGCAGCCCGAGUCCGUCCAGGGCCAUGAAGAAGGCGGCGGGCGCAGGCCGGGAGCCCUCGAGCGAGAAGCAGCUGCCUUCGCCUCGCCCCGGGACCCCGCGCGUGCCGCCGCUCAGCCUGGACUACGGCGUCUGCCCCGAGCCGCCGUCGCCGGGACCCGCCUCGGUCAAGCUGCCCGGGAAUGGCGAGGCGCCCGGGGCUGAGCCUGCGCCCGGCGCCUGGGCGCCCAUGGAGCUGCAGGUAGAUGUGCUUGUGAAGCCCGUGGGCGCGGCCGGCGGCAGCCGCACGCCGUCGCCCAGGCCCUCCACGCGCUUCCUCACGGUGCCGGUGCCCGAGUCCCCCGCCUUCUCCCGCCAAGCGGACCCAGCGCACCAGCUCCUGCCGCGCGCAUCGUCCCUGAGCGGCACGUGGGGACGCGGCUCGACGCUGGCUGCAGCCGGGACGGAGAGCGGCCGCGACGCUGAGGGCCGGGCCAGCCCAGUGGAAGGAAGCUCCCCGGGCUCCCCCACGUGCUGCCGCUGCAAGGAGCUGGGGCUGGAGAAGGAGGAUGCGGCGCUGCUGCCCCGCGUGGGGUUGGAGGGCGACGAGAAGCUGCCCCGGGCAGUAACGCUUACCGGGCUGCCCAUGUAUGUGAAGUCCCUGUACUGGGCCCUGGUGUUCAUGGCUGUGCUCCUGGCAGUCUCUGGGGUUGUCAUUGUGGUCCUGGCCUCAAGAGCAGGAGCCAGAUGUCAGCCAUGCCCCCCAGGCUGGGUGUUGUCCGAGGAGCACUGUUACUACUUCUCUGUAGAAGCGCAGGCCUGGGAAGCCAGCCAGGCUUUCUGCUCAGCCUACCACGCUACCCUCCCCCUGCUAAGCCACACACAGGUGAGAAGGGGGUGGCCAAUCUAAGGGGGUACAGAUCCUUCUAGACCACAGAAUCCUAGCACUGGAAAGAAGCUUAAUGAUUGAGUCCAGCUCUUCAUUAUAGAAGUCACCAAGAUAUAGAGGAAUAGCAUGAUCAUAACUUCGUGUAGCCUCUAACUCCUGUGCUCAGGCGAUCCUCCUGCCUCAG